AUGCCUUCGACGAGCUCGCGCCCCUCCCAGAUCCACUACAGCUCCUCCUCAUCCUCCGACUCCGACCUCUCCUCAGCAUCCUCAUCCUACAGACACAGCAUGGACUCCAUCUCCAGGCCCGUGGCCUCCGUCGAGGUUCUUCGCUGCCUGCGCUGCGCGAGGUCCGUCGAGGCUACCUCCACCGACGACUCCAGCUCAACGGGAAUGGUCCGCAUUGCUCACAACCUCUACUACUGCGAACGCUGCGCCAAGAUGGUCGGCUACAAAUGA